UUCCACUUCUCAAAGCUCCUCCGUGUUUCCAACUUGCGCCUCCUACUAGCUAGCCCACCGGCUUCUUUUCGCCAACGUAUAAUGAAAUAUCUGUGUUUUUUUUCUUAUAUAAAUCUCUCGAAACGUGUAAGGGCUUGGCUUUGUAUGAAAAAACAGCGAAUACACCAUCACUGGACUACCUUUUGGACAUGUUCGCUUUUACUAAGCUAAACUACCGAGUUAGCAGUUAGCUGUGAAUUUUUGUUUUUACUUCCGUUUGUUUUUAGCUCUCCCGCUAACCACGAUUCUCAGACUGGUUUAGGUUUUUUAUUUGUUUCUUUUUUGGCUCAAUGGUUAAACUGGGUAUAGACACCCCGAUUCUACAUAAUGGAUGAUGUUAUUUCACUCAGUUCUGGAAGUGAAGAGGACUCGGAUAUUGAGUUUAUUAGCAGUUAUACAGAUGACCUCUCCAAUGGCAUUCCGUUUAUCAGAGCUGAACUGCUGCCUGUCACACCUGUUCUUAUCGAUAUCACAGAGCACAGCUUUUCAUCAGACGGACCAAGAGCUUCACAACGACUGAAGAAACUGCCGCGUUCCACUAUAGAGAUCAUCGAUCUGAAUAAUGUAUCCGAGUCAUGCUUGGGCUUUACAGCCAAAUCGUGUGGGAAAGUUCACCAGUCGUCGUACACGGCGAACCUUGCAACCGAUGUGAUUUGUUUGGACUCUCUUGAUGGAGAUGGCGGUCCGUCUCCUGUUCCUGUGUCACGUGACCUAGAAAGUCCGUACACGACCCAACACAACGGCGUCCGGUCAUGUUUACAAGAUAGCAGCUCGCAAAGAUCGGUAACCGUUUCACACCCUUCAAGCCCGAAAGAUAUUUCGCUCGCAUUUGAGCCUUCAAAUGGACUCCUGGAGUUUUUCGAAGCACAGAACACUAACCACACAGAGCAAACGUCCACGUCACCACAUGCUGAAAACCCCCCCGACCACGAUGAAAGGCUGGACUCCCCACACAGCUGGCUGAACAAAGCGCUCUCUCCUUUUAGCCUGGACAGUCCAUACUACUGCCCGAGUGAAAUCGAUACGGCCGUGUUCUCCGACGAAUCCCUUAUCCUUUAUGACGAUGACAAGGGCCAGAAAUACACAACGUGCAGCCUUGAUCAAACCGAAUCCCUGUUUGGGGUUGGCGAAAGUAUGGAGCUGCAAGAAAAAACGCACGCACCCACUUUAGCAACUUAUCCACGGACUCAAUCAGAGCUAAACCCUCAGACGCUACCUACCUCAGACCGAGCACCCGUGCCGGUCAGCCCUACGUCUACCGAGCUCCUCGCUGGCGAUUCUCCAGAAACGGCAUCUGAUCUGGACAUGGAGAGUCCACCUAUCAGUCCUGUGAAGUCCUCUUACACUCUCAGUCCACCAUCACGUGUGGCGCUAGGUGUUGAAGACUCUCCUUCAGUGUUACAGGCGAGCGGCAUGGACGUGGACGUGGACGGCGCAGAUCUCUCCGAACGUCAAACAGAAGACGCACAGCAGAUUUCUCUGGUGCAGUUCAAAAAGCUGAAACAUUUGUUCGGGGGACGAGUUCAAGAUAUGAACGCGGCUCACGAGGACAGCAAAGACUUCGGCAUGGCCGAGCCUCUAUGUAGGCAGAGCCUGAGUCUGGUCUACAGUACCAUCGAAGAGAACUACACCGAGGGCACUUUGCAGCUUCUCUCUGACCUAAUCCAACCUUGUUAUUACCCUCCUGCUGAUAUCACAGCUCACCUCCUGAGAGGAAUCCUCCUGGAGCCACAGUGCACUCAAGUGCUGGCACUGGAAGCCUACAACCUGCUGAUGAGGACGCAGAAAUACCAUCCUGCAGACAGAUCGACUAUCCCAUGGGACUGGGAAUUGAUAUCAUCCGUGAUGGCUGAACAGGACGAGGCGAGGAGGCUGCGCAGUGAAGUGCGCUGUCUCCUGCUUCAGUACGUGCUGCAGGUUUUGGAAGACGACUUCCAGUUCAAGCUCCCGAUGCUGCGGCUUCACCUCUCGAUCGCUAACGAAAUGAUUUCGUGCGAUAAUCGGUUCAGACAGGUCAGGGACCUCAUGACCUGGCUGUUAGAUGCCGCUAAACAGUCAUUCUGUACUUCUGAGGAUGAAGAAAUGCAAAAAAGGGAGCAGAACUGCUGUCUGAAGAUGCUGCUAAUUCUGCAGAGGAUGCUCUUAUUGGCCAUGGAGGUGGACCUCAGACCUACCUGUAGCUCCAGUAAGCUCUCUCGGGAGCUGUGUGUCAGCCUCAACAGCAUGGCACCGUGCAGGCGGCUCAGAUUUUUGUUGUUAAGCACGCUGCAGAGCAACCUGCUGAGGUGUAAGAUGGUGGAGCUGCUGCUGGAUCAGUCCUGCUCUCAAAAGAGAGUGUUGCCCAUGUCCUUCAAACUACUGCUGCACUUCCUGCACACGUCCACACUGGCACCAGACCCAUCGGAUGGCACGGAGAGAUGGAGAAGGUGGGACGAGCUCCUGCAGCUUGUGUGGAUGCUCAUGCUCAGCUAUCAAGAAGUGAUAACAGGUCAUCUUCGCUACUCCAUUACAGAGCGGUUCAAGCUAACCCGCACUCCCAUAUGGACCCAGAACGACCAGGUGACCCGAGCUGCGGUCCAAGAAGCAGCCGAGGCGUUCCUGUCCCGCGCCAUGGAGGAUCUCGGCCACGAUCUUCCCUCCCAAAUCCAAGAGUCAUUAUCCCAGCUGCAAGAACACUUACUGAGUCUCUCUACAAUAACGAACCAAAACUGAAAAUGUGUACAUAUGAUAAAGAUUAUUUUUGCAGAUAUUUUAUUAUUAUACAUUUUAAAGGCGUCCAAGUUGAGUAUUUUUUCGUGGGUGCUUGUUGUCUAUUUAAAUUGUUGAGUUGACUGAAACGAGACGGUUUUGUGCAGAGAUUAUACAGUGAGUAAAAUUUUGUUUAAAAA